AUGGGUAAUACUCACAUGCAUGUCCGAUGCGGUUUCAUCCGCCCUAUGGCACUUCCACUGUUGGCUGCUACCAAAACGCUUCGUAUUCCAUUUGAGACCUCAGCUCUCGGAGCGGAUCCCCCAAUAGUGACCGGGUUCGAAGUGCCCAUGUACGAUGGGGAUCUUUCAUCUCGCAUCCGCAUCUCACCACUUUUGAUCUACGCAGUUGAAGGUUAUCGGCUUGAGAACCAGGCGACACCUUUGGCCAUGCCCCUGUUGCUUACUACGGCUAUGCAAACCCAGGCCUUACCCAUAUGCCAUGUUUCAGCUACGUGGGCCGGGGUCUGGUAUUGGCGAGAAGCCAAGAAUGCCUCUGUUUGCGUGUAA